AUGCCUUCUAAGUUGAGCAUUGUUCUCUCGUUCUGUUUCUUGUGGCCCGCGGUUCUAGCCGCUGCGACGCCAAAAUAUUAUCUGUCAUUGAAAGGAAUGAAACAAGGACAGCUGUAUCACAAUAACGUCACCUCUCUUACCAACGUUGUCCAAAUUCUGGGCUUCAACUUCUCAGCUUCGGAACCUCGGGAUAUUGCCUCAGGGUUGCCGACCGGCAAAUCUACAUUCACCCCCGUGUCGCUGUACAAGGAGAUGGACAUGUCCUCACCUCUAUUAAUGCAAGCCUUGACAACGAAUGAGAUCUUCCAAGCCACGAUCACUGCUGUAGACCCAGCCACGAAUGGCAAUCUGGCCACCACAUUCGCCUGGAAACUCACAAACGGAGGCUUGACGAGCGUUUCAUAUGGGGCUGGAUCAACACAGAUGGUUGAGUCCAUCGCGAUGGUCUUUCAGAAGCUCGAAAUUGACGCAACAGCGGGUGGUAGUACUGUGUCUACUUUGUUCAACUGGCAGACUCCAAUUGCAUAAUGGGUGAAGCGCUAUUUGUAUGGUCGGCUUUCAGGCAAUCCAUUGCCGCUGUGAGUAUUUUAAGUGAGG